UCUUUCUAUUCACUCUUGAAAAAUAUCAACAUCACUCACUCCACAGUUUCAGAUUCUUCUUUCCUCACUCAAUAAAGAUGUGAUUCCAUCCUCCCGUACAUCAAAAUCACCUACAAAGAAGAGGCAUGUCUUCAUGCCACACCUCCACCAUGUUUGUUUCCCCCAAAACCUCCCUAAUUCUUCGCAGGAAUCCGUUUUUCUUCGGCAAGUCCCCCAAAUUUAGGCGCCUCUUGGGUCCAAUCGCGCCGAAAUUUGCAGUUUCGGCGUCUCUGGGUACUGUUCUCGUUUCCGGCAACGUGAUCGCUGCUGCGGCGUCGGCCGGCUCUGGCUCGCUUCACGGAGCGGUUUCGUCGGCAAUUACGCAGGUGGCGGUGACCGCCGUGGCGAUCGCUUCCGGGGCUUGUCUAUCCACUAAGGUGGAAUUUCUGUGGCCUAAAGUUGAUGAGCAACCUGGAUCUCAUGUUCUGGAUGGAGUAGAUGUCACUGGAUAUCCCAUAUUCAACGAUGGAAAGGUGCAAAAAGCAAUUGCAUUUGCAAGGAAAGCUCAUCAGGGCCAGAUAAGAAAGACAGGAGAGCCCUACUUAUCCCACUGUAUUCACACUGGGAAAAUUGUAGCUGUGUUAGUCCCGUCAAAUGGUAAAAGGGCUAUUGAUACAGUUGUGGCUGGAAUCCUCCACGACGUAGUCGAUGACACAUGUGAAAGUUUGGACAGCAUAGAGCAAGAGUUUGAUGCUGAUGUUGCGAAGUUGGUUGCUGGAGUUUCUAGACUGAGUUAUAUCAAUCAGUUACUACGCAGGCACCGAAGGAUGAAUGUGAGUCAAGAUACACUGAGUCAUGAAGAGGCAAAUAAUUUACGAGCAAUGCUGCUAGGCAUGGUUGAUGAUCCACGUGUUGUUCUCAUAAAGCUUGCAGAUCGUCUUCACAAUAUGAGAACAAUAUAUGCUUUACCUCCCGGCAAAGCUCAAGCUGUGGCACAGGAGACAUUAGCUAUUUGGUGCUCACUUGCUUCCAGGUUGGGAUUAUGGGCUCUUAAAGCUGAACUGGAAGAUCUGUGCUUUGCCGUCCUUCAGCCUAAAAUAUUUCGCCAACUGCGAGCUGACCUUGCUUCUAUGUGGAGCCCCAUCAACAAGUCCGGCAAUCUGAGAAGAAUAUCCACGAAGUCCAGUGAUGUUGUACAAUUUCAAGAAUGUGAGGAACUGGGGGAUCUCGAUCCGGAAAACAUCAGCAUGAAGGUUCUUUUGCAAGCUGUACUUCCGUUUGAUCUCUUAUUGGAUAGAAAGAAGCGUGUUAACUUUUCUAACAAUCUUGCAACAUGCUCGGAUACUCCAAAACAACCCAAAGUUGUGAGAGAUGCUGGCAUUGCUUUAGCAUCACUGGUAGUUUGUGAAGAAGCAUUGGAGCGGGAAUUAUUUAUUUCAACAUCUUAUGUUCCAGGAAUGGAAGUGACUUUAUCCGGACGCUUAAAAAGCUUGUAUAGCAUCUACAGUAAGAUGAAUAGAAAAGAUGUUGGACUCAAGAAAGUUUAUGAUGCUCGUGCACUGAGAGUUGUUGUUGGAGAUAAGAAUGGGACUUUACAUGGUCAGGCGGUUCAAUGUUGUUACAAUCUACUUAACAUCAUACACAGACUGUGGAUCCCUAUUGAUGGUGAACUCGACGAUUACAUUAUCAACCCCAAACCAAGUGGAUACCAGUCACUUCACACUGCAGUACAAGGGCCUGACUUCUCUCCUUUGGAAGUUCAGAUAAGAACACAGAGAAUGCAUGAGUAUGCUGAACAUGGGCUCGCUGCACAUUGGCUUUACAAGGAAACUGGGAAUAUAUUGCCCUCCAAGAUCAGUGUAACUGAUUCUGACACAGAGGUUCCCUCAGAUUUUUCCAAUGAAAUAGAAGAUCAAGCUUCUAUUCAGGCUGAUAUGUUGGUAAAAUAUGGCUCACUUAAAGUCGGGCAUCCAGUUCUCAGAGUGGAAGCAGGACACUUGCUUACUGCAGUUGUUGUCAGAGUAGAUAAUGAUGGAAGAGAUUUACUUGUUGCUGCAAGUUUUGGGCUAGAAGCUUCUGAAAAAGUCGCUGAAAGAAGAUCUUCUUACCAAAUAAAACGAUGGGAAGCUUAUGCAAAUUUAUACAAAAAGGUGUCUGAUGAAUGGUGGUUCGAGCCGGGGCAUGGAGAUUGGUCUACCUGCUUGGAGAGGUACACUCUGUGCAGAGAUGGUAUAUACCACAAGCAAGAUCAAUUUCAGCGGCUUCUGCCGACUUUCAUCCAAGUCAUCGAGUUGACGGAAUGGGAAGAAACAGAAUACUGGUCUGUUGUCUCAGCUGUUUUUGAGGGCAAACCCACUGCUCCUGAUCCUGAUGUAUCUAACUCUAGCUCUGAAAAGCCGCCUAGCUUUGCUUUUAAUUCUGCUUUGCUCGACUCUGGCAUUAACAACAAGGUGCAGCUUCUAAGAACAAUGCUUCAAUGGGAGGAGCAACUACGUUCUGAAGCAGGGCUUCGACAACUCAAGUUCGACAGAGAGCAUAGGAAAGUAGAGUCACUUUGUAUCGGUGAAGUUGCGGUUGUAUGCUGGCCCCACGGAGAUAUAAUGAGGUUGAGGAGUGGCAGCACAGCUGCCGAUGCCGCUAGAAGGAUUGGAUUUGAUGGCACGUUUGUUUCGAUAAACGGCCAGCUUGCAUUGCCCAACACGGAGCUAAAAGAUGGUGAUGUAGUUGAAGUCAGGAUGUAAAUAAAUGACGUACUUUCUUAGUAAUGGUUCGGUUGAUGUGUGUAGAUAGGUUUCAAUUGGACAUAGGGGUGACUCCAAUUUUCUGUCUGAUGUAAAGAGAUUGGUAGUAGAUAAACUGUUGUGUAUGGCUCUGCCUCUGUACAUUGUAAAUUGUUGGUAUUGAUUAGAAAGAUAGCUUUGUCAGCAUGUUCAGCAAGUCUUUAGAAUUGCUGUUUUAUCAAAUCAAAUGCAUUUUUCUA